AUGCCACCUCGUCACCCCAAUAUUGCAGGGGACUUUGAUAGAUAUUUCGGAAACGUGAGCGAUCUACGAAAUUGGCAGCAAUUGUGCGCGGAUGUGAAGAUUCCUGGAGCGCGGCAUUUGGAGAGUAUUAACGCUUGUAGAAAGGCACUCUCCAAUGUCCACGUUAAUAUCUGUCAACUAUUGGAACACUAUGAGACUGGCGUCCCAGUGCAAAUUUUCCCAAAUAAAAAGAAGCUUCUUGCGUAUACGAUCAGGGAAAAAAAGUUUUAUCCACUGAGUGACGCGAAGAAAGGGGGACCGGUUAGGGGAUUGCUUUUUAAGAGGGGGUAG